AUUUUCCGCGCGUGCGCUAUAAACGCUUGAAUGCGUUCCAAAUAGGUUUGUAGUGCAUACAUAGGGAGACUACACUGACGUCACACUAGUGGAUUCUAGACCCUAUCUAGUGCACUAGAUAUUACUAUUGACACACAGUUAGGAUCGGGCCAUUGAGUCAGGACAGAAUACAGUUCAGACAGUUGGUUUUACGCCAGUUAGCAUUUUCGCUAACUCCGAAUUAAACACGGAUUAUUUUUCCUUUUUCACCGUGACUUAAACUUAAACUGAAGUUUUCCAAGGAUUAAUUUCCUCUUCCAGAAGCAGUGGCCGGCUGCAUUUUGCUCCUAAAUAAGUAGCAGGAUUGGGAUUUUUAGCUCGUUCAUUCAUUUGUUCAUCCAUCCAUCCAUCCAUCCAUCCAUCUCCAGGAAGCGCUUUAUCUUGCUCAGGGUUGCAUGAGGCAGGAAUAUAACCUGGAUGGGACAUCAGUCCAUCAUAGGGCAUCAUGUACACACACACCUAGGGGAAAUUUAUGGCACUUUUCCACCGCACAGUUCGACUCGGCUCGACUCGAAUCUGCUCGGUUAUUGGUGUUUUCCACUGUGGAUAGUACCUGGUACCUUUAUUUAGUACCACCUCGGUUGAGGUUCCAGCCGAGCCGAUACUAAAUAUGCACUGAGGAAGUGAGGAUUUUCCUUAACGAAUGGCUCUGUAUUGUGCCAUUUAAUACAUACUUUAUGUACGGUAAUAACCUAUUAAUUGAACUUGAUGUAUUGUUUAUUAGCGGUGGGCAGAGCGAGGCUUCGUGGAACAAAAACAGUUGAAGCAAAUGCAACAUAUUGUGUCACAACAAUCCCAUACUUGUCUCCACGGUGACACCUAGUGGUCACUUGUAGGUGUUGAUCUGAAACAACUUUGACAGCGAUUCAGACAAGCGUUGAUGAAUUAUAACCAAUUAUAAACAAUUUAUAAUUGUUUGUCAAACAAGGAAGUGUGUUGGGGAGGCGAUAGAGUUCUCGACUGGUAUGCUGUUGCCUUGGGUUCGAAUCCUGGGUGAUGUUCAGUCACUCGUCCUUUCAGAACGCGCAUUUUACCUGUUGUUUUGCCAGAAAAUCCUUACAAUAGAUGCCACUGUUGAGCGUUACACCUUUGGCGGCACUCUCACGCCAGCCUCUCUCAUCGAUAGACCAUGAUUUAUUACAUGAUCAAUUACGGUAACCCUAAUCUCAUCUGAGAUUACAGCUCUUGAUCUUCCUCUCGCAUACGUACUCCUCUGUUGUGCUCACCGUGUUCAAGAGUUUUGAAAACGUGACUUGGGUAUUGAGAAAUGGGUCCUAGCGAUUGUAAAAAAACAAAACUGUAACACAGCUUUGCUCUUCAUGACUGAUUAUCCUUUUUGAGGUUUGUGUGUGUGUGUGUGUGUUAAAGAUGAUGUUGGGGUCUAUCUGGCAGUACCUGUAUACCUCCUUUCUGCGGUUCUGGUUUAAAUGGUUUCUCAGACAAAUCACUGGAAAAUGCGAGCUGCAGCGGAUCUGCCACGGAUAUGAGCCUGGGGCACCAAGGACCACACGGAUCGAGAACUCCUUGAAAUCUUCAAAAAACAAGGUGCUGCAAGAUGCUGUGGAUGUGAAGGAAGAUGCAGUGGAGGGCUGUGUGACACAAAUCGUGAAAGAGAAGAAUAUCAAAGAGCAGAAAGAUCCCAAGUUUAAGGUGAAUCUUCAUCAGUGCCUCAUACAAAUAAGUGGCUACAACACCCUGUUCACGACAGUUGAAGAGCUAAGAAAAGUGACGUUUGACUCGGAAAAUGAAGAACAUGAGAAAAUGCUUCUUAAGUUGUGGGAUUUGCUGAUGCCGUCCGUUAAGCUGGAAUCUCGAGUCACCAAGCAGUGGGGCGACAUCGGGUUUCAAGGUGACGACCCAAAGACUGACUUCAGAGGGAUGGGCAUGCUUGGCCUGGUAAACCUUGUGUUUUUCAGUGAGAACUACAAUAAAGCAGCAUGGCACGUCCUGUCCCAUGCCAAUCAUCCCUCUCUGGGGUACUCGUACGCCAUAGUGGGUAUUAACCUGACUGAGAUGGCCUACAGUUUACUGAGGAGCGGUGCUUUGAAGCCUCACUUCUACAACACUGUGGCAGGGAAACCGCACAUGCACCACUUCCACCAGCUUUACUGUUACCUGGCAUACGAGUUUGAUAAGUUCUGGGUGGAAGAAAAGCCUGCGAGCAUCAUGGAGUUUAACAUCUACAGAGAGAAGUUCCACGACAAGGUGAAAGGGUUCCUUCUGGAGCCGGAGGUCUCCCUCAUCUUAAAGCUUGAAUCUAAAAAAUGCCCAGAUGACUGAGAGUCUUUUGUUCUGUGACUGAUUUAACCAAAAAAGAUGACUGAAUAAUAGCUUUGAAGCACAUCCCUCUCCUAUGCUUCCUGUUUUUAAACACAGUAACAAGUAGCAGAUUUAUAAACCUGAAGAUCCUUCCUGAGCACAAUGCUAUACUGUAGAGCCGAAUUCUCACCACUAUUUACUAGUAGGAUUUUUAUUUUGGACAUACUAUAAAAUGAUUAACAAUUCUCCUAAUACUUGAAAUUUGAGUUAUAUUUAUGGUUCCUGUCAGUUUCCUAAGUGUUCAUCUCAGGAAUUUGAUAUUUAUGACGAUAGGGAAAGUCGCAUAUGAUCCAAUUGAAACUUGUUUUAUGUUAAAUUGUCUUGCACAUGGACAAUUCAAUGUGUUUUUGCAUGUUUUAAUGCGUUCGCUAAUACGUUUAGCCCUACCGAACACUAGCUUUAUAACCGACAUUAACGGUUUGUUUAUGUAUUUGAUGUGUUAUUCUGUAAUCAGUAACAGUGAAAAUGCUGUAUGGUACUGGAGUUAUUUUUAAAGUCAUAGUUUGGCUUAAAAUUAUUAUAUAUUUUUUUUUAAAUCAGGGAUACUCUUUGCAGGUGUCUGCUAACAAAUAAGGGAACCUUAUAGUGUCUGAUUUUAGCAUUGUGCCCACACUUUCCUGAAAAAAAAAAAGAAGAUAUAAUUUACGUGUCAGCAUUGUUUUCAUUUUCGUUAUCAUUUUAGAGUUAGGUUCUCAUACCUGAGGCAUUGUUUGCACCAAGUAACACCAAACUAUGUGCUAAGGAAGACAAAAAAACAGCUUCAAGAUGGAGCUACUGAUGUAUUUCUCGCUGCAACAUCAUAAAGUGUAAUAGCAUCCAAGCAAAUCUGUUGAAUACUGAACAAUUUGAGGCGAGUAUGCGACGAUCUACACCUACAUGAUGCUGAACUGUAGAUGUCCACACUAGCAAGCGACAGGCAUGUGAUUGUGAUAUGGAGCCACGAUUUCAGCGACAGUGAAGCAAGCAACAUUUCCGAUUAUCCAAAUCGAAUUGGCUUGAAUGAUUCCUCCGACCAACACUACGGCGUCGCUUUUUUUGUUUUUUAUUUUUAAUAAAUUUGCAAAGAUUUCAAACAAACUUCUUUCACAUUGUCAUUAUGGGGUAUUGAUUGUAGAAUUUUGAGGAAAAUAAUGAAUUUAAUCCACUUUGGAAUAAGGCUGUAACAUAACAAAAGGUGGAAAAAGUGAAGCCCUGUGAAUACUUUCCUGAUGCACUGUAUGUGCAGUUAGUCCCCAGUGCAUUAGUUUGAUGCAUAAACAUAGAAGGAAAAUGUAGACUUGUGGUUUCAUCUCAUCUUCUCUUAUAUGACUUCAUAUUAAAUGUGCACAGAGACAUUUGAAGAAAAGAAAAGCUUUUAAGGAAGGAGCGGCGAUCGUCGGUGCGUCUGGCGAGUUGGCUUGUGUCUCUGAUCUGCCACGUAACUGUAAAUGUAAAUCAAACUUAAAUACCCCAAGUGCCGUGUAUAAAUUGUAUAGGGAGCUGUAUGCUGUACAUUUUGGCUACUACCGUUCUCAACAGAACUUAAAAAAUAAAAAACUGGACAGGCCACGCCCACCAGAGAAUCUACUGUACAGGCGACAUGAGCGACUUGGAUGAGACGACGAGUGACUUUAGAGUUAGCUUUCAUUGCAUAUUCGUCACAUUUGCCUCAUUACUUUAAAGAAGCAACCUGUGGACACCAAACACGUUCUUGGCUGAUCUGAUCGGCUACAUUUAUGUUGCAACACGUGAAUUAAAAUUUUUGGCCAAACUAUUGCUUUAAGUCUGCUAAACUUAACAAAGUAUAGGCGUUUAGCAGAGUUUAUGUAUCUAAUGUCCCCUGUAUUACAGUUGCUUUGUACAGCUGGCUACAUGGCUAAUGUUAAUAAAUGGAUUAAUG